CGCUGGUGCUCCUCUCAAACGCGCACCUUUUUGCGCACUCUUACCCAAGUCUCGUGCUUCUGCAGUUUGGCACGCGCACAACAUCACAUUGAUUGAUGUGUCAACUAAUUAUGUCGGUGUAAACCGGGUUAAAGGAGAGAGAAGCCAAGGGAAGAUGACAUCUGCGCGUCUCUGGAUCCUUGUCUCUUUGGCGACUGCGUGUUGUCCACUUGGCACCGCUGACAGAUACGGUUGUCUGUUUGAUGAAGGCCUAUGCUCCAGUGACCAGAUAUGUUGGGAUGAUGAUCUGUUUGGUCAGUGUCUUGCACAGAGGCAGGAACGGUUCCGCUACAGGGUGACUGCUGUUCUACUGGACAGACUGCAGUCAUUAUUGCAAUUAUUUAUGAAGAAAGGAUUAACUUGGCAGGAUGAUGUCACCCAAUCAGUGAUCAAGAAAGAACUUGGCAAAGUUCCAAAGACCCCACUGUCUUUUGGGAUAAAGAAUAGCCCCUACUCAGAGUCUCAGAGUGGCCCUACAAGCCAGCUCAACCCCAAACAAAUGCAGCCCUAUCUGGACUACAUGAUUGUUGACCCCCCUCAGUCAUCCCUCCGUAUGCAAAGCCUGGACCCUUAUACUUACCAACAAUAUGGCUACCAAGAUGAAGAGGAGCGCUCUCUGAACCUGGUGGAGGGGGGCAGGUACCCUCCGGCCUCCUCUCGCAUUAGGGGUAAUUCACCAUUUCCUCCGUCUCUGGAUAAAGACGAUCAGCUUCUGCGAGAUCUGAGGACUCUCCUCCUUUCCUCAUCCGCACAGCCCACUUCACACCAUCAGGUUGCAUCGCCUCACUCCGCCUCAACCUUUUUCCAGGAUCUGGACAUCCCACUUGACUUUAAAGACCAUAACAAGGACUUCUUACCCCAGGAUGAAGAGUUCAAGAGCCAGCAAGAGCAAAAGAAAGGGUCCCAGAAAUAUGGAGUGUUUGCAGGGCACAGUGGGCCCACUCAACAGAGCAUAAAUGAGCUGCUUCUGCAGCAUGGGUUGGAUCUGAACCAUCUGAACCCCGAGGAGAUGGAGCAUCUCUUCUCCAUCCUCCAGCUCCUGCAAAACGAACCCCCAAACACUCAGAGAAAACCUGAAACAUUGGAUUCCUCUGUGCCUCAAAAAGUGAUGAAGAUUACAGAAGGGGAGAUGACCCAUGUGGCUGAGAAGGCUUCUGUCCCAGCCCAAAAUUCUUCAUUCAACCCUGGGCCCAAAGCCUCCCCUAAGAGACCUAGCUCACCAGAAGCCUCCCAGGAGAACUCUGUCCAAGUGGGUGCCAGUGUACUGGGGCUUGCGUCUCUAAAACAUGAUGAGGGAAGGCUCGGAAAGGGAGCCCUUAGGAUGCAAGCAGGGAAGAAUGAAACCAAGUCAAAGGAGGAGUUUGGAUAUAUUAUCACCAAUCAGAGUCCUCUUAGUUUGUCUGAUGGGGUUCAACUACUGAAGACCCUUGCAGAGAGGAUCCAUCUCACCACAGGCUCUUUCGUUAAUGUCAGCGUGGUUGGUCCUGCAGUCACUUUCCUUGUCCUCCCGAACAGCCAGAAUUUAACAGCAAAUGAGGUGUCCGAAAAGACCGUGGCUCAAAAGAACUUUCUAGAAUCAGAGACUGGUCUGAAGGUGCUACAGGCAGGUGUUGGGGAGAAGAACGACGGCCAAGCAUUGCCAGUGGCAAUACGUGUACGUGACAGCAGCCAAUGGGUGUUCCUCAUGUUUAUGGGUGUGGCUUGUGUGGGUGGACUCCUGGUGGGGGCAUUGACCAUUGCCUGUCUGCGCACCCAUGCCCGCCAGUUGGCCUCAAAGAAACUGGGGCUGGGACCUGAAGCUGGAAAUGUGACGCAUUAUGAGUACCAGGAUCUUUGUCGGCAGCACAUGGCUGCUAAGUCCUCUGUGGGCAGGCAGGACUGUGGGGUUGGAGCUGCAGGUGGUGCCGGUCCUGGAGGAGGUGGUGGUGGAGAAACAGAUACAUCACGAGUCAGCAGUGUGUCGUCUCAGUUCAGUGACGCUCCUCAGCCAAGCCCUAGUUCGCACAGCAGCACCCCCUCCUGGUGCGAGGAGCCAGCGCAGUCUAACAUGGAUAUCUCUACGGGACACAUGAUACUGGUUGACACACACUCCCACCCCUAUUUACACACAAUACAUGCAUAUAUGGAGGAUCAUCUGAAGAAUAAAGACCGUUUGUUGAAAGAGUGGGAGGCUCUGUGUUCCUACCAGGCAGAACCCAGCACCAUCUCAGUAGCCCAAAGUGAAAGUAACGUCAAGAAGAACCGCUGCCCUGAUGCCGUGCCCUACGAUCAUUCCCGAGUGAAGCUGAAGUCUGAGAUGAACCCCUCCAGGACAGACUACAUCAAUGCCAGUACCAUUAUCGAGCAUGACCCUCGGAUGCCAGUGUAUAUCGCCACCCAAGGGCCUCUUUCGCACACCAUCUCUGAUUUCUGGCAGAUGGUUUGGGAGAGCGGCUGUACAGUCAUAGUGAUGAUGACGGCUCUGGUUGAAGAUGGAGAAAAGCAGUGUGAUCGCUACUGGCCCGAUGAGGGCUCUUCUCUCUACCACAUAUAUGAGGUGAACCUGGUGUCUGAGCAUAUCUGGUGUAAUGACUUCCUGGUGCGUAGUUUCUAUCUAAAGAACGUACAAACCCAGGAAACUCGGACCCUCACUCAGUUCCACUACCUGAGCUGGCCUGCACAGGGAAUACCCACCUCCACACGCCCUCUACUGGACUUUCGCCGGAAAGUCAACAAGUGCUACCGUGGACGCUCCUGCCCCAUCAUUGUGCACUGCAGUGAUGGUACAGGACGCACUGGCACAUAUAUCCUGAUUGACAUGGUUCUGAACCGCAUGGCCAAAGGAGUUAAGGAGAUUGAUAUCGCUGCAACGCUGGAACAUGUCCGAGACCAGAGGCCUGGAAUGGUGCGCACCAAGGAUCAGUUUGAGUUUGCACUGACUACUGUGGCUGAAGAGGUUAAUGCCAUUCUCAAAGCUCUGCCCCAGUGAGACGAAUGCCCACGACUGCCUAGCUGAUCAGAAACCUGCAUCCGUACACACACACACACACACACACACACACAGAUUACUUCGUAUCAACACGCAUGUGUGCAUACAGGUACACGCAUUGUGUGGCCACUGAGGUUAGUAUUGUUUCCUUCCUGCACUUCUCUAGAACACAAGCACUUAAACCACAUGUCCAACCAGUGCUGUCUAACCUUGCCUCCCUACACUCUUAACACACAUGUACCACUUGAACCUGUAAUGAGAUUCCUCAGGAUAGGAUUCUUCCUUGGUGAUAAAAAAAUUCAAUUAGCAGAAGGAAAGUGUUUCUCUGUGUUUGCGCUCUCUUGGCACUGCCCUCUGUUUCUCUCAUAUCACCAUGGUGAUGAUAUCUGAUGAUGUAUGCGUACCAGUGUAAUGUGUGAUGCUUAUCUACUGUGGUGGUGGUGGAAGAGAGGGGAAACAUGGUCAUAAAGAUGAACUUUGAUGCAGUUAGGUCUCAGGUUCAACAUAUGUCGGCCACAGUCAUGCGUGGGCCCGGAUGGCGUGUGAACCCACAGAUUUCCUCUGAAUUAUGAUGGCCACCGUUCAGAAAGUUCUACACAUCCUGUGCAACUUGCAUGUUGAUUUAUUAAAUAUUUAGACUAAUUCAAAACUGGCUUCGAAUAAGAGUGCAGUUCUGCCAGCUCUCUUUAAAACAUUUAAACCCGUUAAACAUACAAAAUUUUGCAUUUUUCGGAAGACAGACGAUGAGCUUGAAUUCCCUCUCUUUCUCUUCCUCCUUGGUCAAACUCGCUCUUUCUCUGUGAUUAUUGUGGUCAACUUAAUUAUUCUAUUCCUCUAGCAAAUAAAAAAACAAAAAAAACAUGUUAUUGAAAUCUAAAAAAAAUUACAUAUUUAUUUUGUAUUUUGUGAUGACUAAUAAAACUUGUUUGUGAAGUGAUGCAGCAGCAUCACUGCGUA